AUGUUUUGGAAAUAUAUAGGAGCAUAAAAUCCACCUAAUUAGUCUUAACAAUUCACAAUAGUAAGUGAAGAUUCUGAACUACCUCCAAAUUUUAUAAUAAAAAUGCGUGAUUUAGAAACAUUAAUCGAUAUUUCCGAAGAACCUGAUAUAGGUUAAAUAAAAAAGCUUAUAAAUUUAUACACGGAAGCAGUAGAAUAUUACGAUUUAGAUGAAGAGGGAAAAUGUUUAAAAUAUAAAAAUAAGAUAAUAAAUGUGUACAAAAAGCCCAACGUAAUAAAUUCUAUUAACAAAUUCGAAUAAUCUUAAAAAGUAAAUCUAUAGGAAUAAAUUAAUAAUAGCACAAAGCAUAAAUCAACCUAAGAAGAUGAGAGAAAAGAAGAUUUAAAUAAUGAAGAGAAUAAUUAACAUAAUACAGGAGGAGAUUAUAAUAAAUAAACAGUGGGAUAAUAAAAAUUACAUAUUUUUAAAGAAAAAACUACUUCAUGCGCAGUUACAGAUGAAGAAAAUUUGAUCUAAAAUAAAAUAUGUAGUCUCUAAGAAGAAAAAAAACUUUAAAUAGAAAAAAUAGAAUUUAAUUAUGAAAAAGAAUUAUUCGAAAUUCAAAAAAAAGGAGAAAAAAUUGAUGAAUAAACUUUAAAUUAAAUCAAUGAGAACAAAAAAAAUGUAAUUAACGAAAUCGAAUAAAAAUAUUUAUAACGCGAAUAAGAAGAUAUAUAAAUUAUUGUUUAAAAAUUUAAUAAAUAAUAUAAAUUUAAUGAUUGA